UACUUUAGCGAUUCGCUUGAGACGAAAAACCACGACGAAAAUACAGAGAGAACAGCGACGAUUAUUAUGACUUUAUAUAUCACCUUUGGUGCGGACUGCAGUGCCGAUUACGCGCAUAAAAUUAAAAGUGGUUCCAGAUGAAUAAGGAGGCUUCGUGCGUUCAUGCUCGUCAUACAAUCCCAAGCUUCGACCAUAUAUUAACUUAUUAGGGAUAAUAACUAUAAGAGAUUUAUUAUUUAGAGGUCGUUUAUUAUUUAACAAUUAGUGCAAAUUUGUUUCAUAAUAAUUUAGCUUUUUCUUACGUUAUAAAACCAAAAAGAGUUAUUAUAAUUCAACAAGCAAUGUUGUAUUUGGAUAAGUGUAAACGAAGAAAUUCGGUGUGCUGAAUUCGAAUUUAAACUUAGAAUUGAUCGAUCCACCUAGAUUUUUCAACUAUUCUAACCUAAAAGUACCAAAAACACUGUUUUUUGCAGUUUGUGGACUUUCCUCACAUCGCGAGUUGUUAUUCUAUUGCAAAUCUAAAAACAACAUCGGAAACAGUAAAUAUUCUAUUUCAAAAAGUAGUAUUUAAUCUUUUUAAACAAAUUGUUAUAAUUAGAGAUGUCGUUCAUUGAAAAGUAGACAAUUCAGGUUUAAGAAAAUAUAUACACAUAAUAUAACGUGGGUAUUAUACUUACCCACCAUUAGAUUCGGCCCACUCUUAUCGUCGCGGCUCACGGCUUUAUAAACCAGCUGUUAACAAUCGUUAUAGAAACAAUAAGCAACCGAACAUUGUGCAGCUGCAUGACAAUAACAGUGAGGCAAUACUUAAACUAGCCCAAAUCAGAACUAUUAUUAAUAAACUUCGUACAGAUGAGAGGGCCUUUGAAAUAGCCAUACAAAUUUUUGAUCUAAACUUGAAAAUUCCAAGUACAAAGUUUUUGAAAGUAUAUCACAAUCAACUUUUAAUCAACAUUUUAAUCAACAAUAGUGCAGACUUCAACAUAAAAGAUAACAAUGGUUAUACAGUUAUUCAUAAAUCUUUUCUGAAUGCUUCUAUACAUUAUAUUAAUCAUAAACAUUCAAUACAUGCAAUUAACUUAGCAAACUUAUUUAUUAAUUCAGUAUUGUCAGCACGUGUUAAACACAGAAAUUAUUUAAAUCCUUCAGAUCCUAAUGGAUUAACACAUUUUCAUAUUGCUUGUGCAUUGAAUCAUGUUGAGGCUGUUGAAUUAUUUUUGAGUAGGGGGUGCCAGUCAAUCAAGUAGUUAAAUCAAAAUAUUUUGCUGGUAACUGUAGAAUGGCGACACUUCAUCGCUUGCGGGUGUAUCUUCAAUACGUUUAAUCUGAUAACGAAAAAAGGCUGUAUUGCGGCGGCAUGCAACCUAAUCUUGCUUCAAAAUAUACGAAGCUUGUUAUUCGGCACGUGUAUAAAUUUUCCGAAAUCUGUGAAUAAAGAUGAUUUAAGUCGCACUGUGAUUCAUAAGAUUGUCUCAUUACCAUCAGGAAUGUUAAAUGAUGAAGACACAUAUGAAUUGGGACGUCUUCUUAAUGAUAUGAAGAUAUUUGGAUGUGACGUGGACGACCAAGAUGCUUCGGGUAAAACACCUCUGCAUUUUGCAACUUUCUUCAGAUAUCAUACCGCCGUUAAGAAAUUGUUCUCAGCAGGUGCAGACAUCAAUAUAAUUGAUAAAAGUGGUAGAACAGCAUUUUCGUAUCUCUUUGAAAUGUGUUCUUGGCAUCAAGAGUGCCCCUCUGCUAUAAAUUACGAAGUUCGUAGCCGAUUCACCCACAACGACAUAUUUAAACUUUUUGUUAAUCAUAUUAAAAAACUAAAACUUUUAAAUAUCGAAGUCAAUGAGUCGAAUGAAGACCUAUUUAGUGAAGCUCUUGAAAUAUUCGAUAAUGUUACAGACAAUCAAGAAACAUUUCUGUCGACUACAAAAGAGUUAUGGAAUUUAAAAAUAAAGUUUCUUUCUCUGACUAUUGGAAGUUUUUUAUCAGAUACUGGAGCUAUUGUUGAUUAUCCGACAAUGCCACACUUUAAACAAAAAGAUGUAGAUGAAUUUUUCCAUAAAAUUGAGGAACAUUCUCUUACAAUAAACACAGAACUUUAUGGUAUCUUACAACUACAGUAUAGAAAAGCAUUGAAGAGAAAGCAAAUAUUUGACUUGUCUCUAAAAUCCUUGCCAGUUUUGUUGAAAUUUCAAAUUUCUUAUGACUGCUGGUGUAUUAUCUUACAAUUUUUAUCAAAUUCUGAUUUGGAAAACUUGAUUGCAGCUGUGUUUGACGACAGUGACACGACAAUUUUAGUAGGUUAAGUGUAAUCUGAAAAAAUUGGAUAAAAUACGUUAUCUUACUAAAAUAUACAAGUUUCUGUAAAUAGAUAUCUCGUGUGUGUAUAUAGCUUCAUAUAAAUUGUAAUACUCUCAACAUUACUUGUAAUGAAUAUUA